CAUGUGUUGUUAAAUGCUCAACCUGACACAACCAAUUUCCCUAGUGGCCUAUUUAAGGAGGGUCGGGUACCUCACUCUGGUCUCACAGCUCAUAACACCAAGUUUCAUACUCAGAGUUUCCUUGAAUCCAGGAAAAUGAGGAUGGUGGCGGUGGUGACGAUGGUGGUGGUGGUUCUUUUAGUGGUGGCAACACCGAUGUUUGCGGAGGCUAUCAAUGUUUAUCAGCUGAGACAAUUAGCAGCUAAAAAAAAUGUGACAUGUGUGUUGGUGUUUGGAGACUCAAGUGUUGAUCCUGGCAAUAAUAACCGGCUCAAAGAGGCUCUCAAAAGCAACUUCCCUCCUUAUGGGAAGGACUUCUUCAAUGGUCACCCCACCGGAAGGUUCAGUGAUGGAAGACUUGCUACAGACUUCAUUGCGGAGGCAUUCGGAUAUACAAACAUAAUUAGAGGAUUCCUUGAUCCAACUAUUCAGAAGGUUGAUCUUCUACAUGGUGUUAGUUUUGCAUCAGCUGGUUCUGGUUAUGAUGACCUCACAGCCAAUUUCACCGGUGCAUUACCUGUGUCCAAACAGUUGGAGUAUUUGAGGCAUUAUAAGAUCCAUCUGAGACAACUAGUGGGAGAGAUGGUGGCAGAGAAAGUCAUAAAAAAUGCAAUAUUUGUAAUAAGCAUGGGCACAAAUGACUUUCUCCAGAACUAUUAUUCAGAUCCUGCUCGUCCCAAGCAGUUCACUCUCAAACAAUAUCUCAAUUUCUUGAACUCUCGCAUGUUUCUUGCUGUUAAGGGAAUGCAUCGUUUGGGAGCAAGAAGAGUGGCAGUGGUUGGGGUCCCACCUUUUGGUUGCAUGCCACUUGUGAAGACCCUAAGGGAUAAGACUAAUUGUGAUGGCAUGUCUAAUGAAGUGGCUUUCUUAUUUAAUAACAAUAUAAAACAAACUUUGGAAACCCUAAAAGCCUCAUUAGGGAUCGAAACUGCCUACAUAGACAUCUACAAUGUCAUUGCCACUGCUAUCAAAUACCCUAACAUCUAUGGUUUCAAGGAGACAUCAAAGGGGUGCUGUGGAUCUGGGUUGAUAGAGUUCGGGGAUUCAUGCAAGGGUAUGAGUACUUGUGCUGAUCCGACGGAGUAUGUAUUCUGGGAUGCAGUUCAUCCAACUCAAAAAAUGUAUAAAAUAGCUGCAGAUGAGGCUUUGGAUUCUAUUUCUAAGAGUAUGUUGGCUUAAGAAUAUGCAAGUUCUUCUAAUUGUUUUUUUGAUCCGAACACAUAACACCAUGAAUAUUGGCAAGAACAAGAUUUGUUAUUAUGUUUGAUUAAUUGUCAAAUUAAACUUUAUCCCAGGCAAAAA